CCUGGGAGCUUUCAAAUGAAAAGAGAUGAGAACGGAGUACUCGUCGAUCAACAAGAAUUUAAUUUCUAAUCUCUCCUCAGGCCUAGUUUUCCGAUUUGUUCAUGCUGCUGAUUUCCACUGCGCAAUUUUGAAUUCAGAGAUCAAACAUAACAAGAAAAUCGAUCAGAAAAGCCCGCAGGAUAUAAUCAAUAUCUCAUGGCUAAAGAACAGCUUCAAGUUCUGAAUGCACUCGACGCAGCAAAGACACAAUGGUAUCAUUUCACAGCCAUUGUUAUCGCCGGGAUGGGCUUCUUCACCGACGCCUACGACCUCUUCUGCAUAUCUUUGGUCACGAAGCUUCUCGGCCGCAUUUAUUACCACCGGUCCGGCGCCGCGAAACCCGGAAGUCUGCCUCCGAAUGUCUCCUCUGCCGUCAACGGCGUCGCCUUCUGCGGCACUCUUGCCGGACAGCUCUUCUUCGGAUGGCUCGGCGACAAAUUAGGCCGGAAAAAAGUUUAUGGGAUGACCUUAAUGCUGAUGGUCAUUUCCUCGGUCGCUUCGGGACUUUCUUUCGGGCGUGAACCUAAGGCCGUCAUGACUACUCUCUGCUUCUUCAGGUUCUGGCUCGGAUUCGGCAUUGGCGGCGACUACCCUCUCUCGGCUACCAUCAUGUCCGAAUACGCUAAUAAAAAGACCCGCGGCGCAUUCAUCGCCGCUGUUUUCGCGAUGCAGGGGUUCGGGAUUCUUGCCGGCGGUAUGUUCGCGAUCGCCGUUUCUGCCGGGUUCAAGGCCGGGUUCCCGGCCCCAGCUUAUAAAGACGAUCCCGUCGGAUCGACGGUCCCGGAAGCUGAUUACGUAUGGCGUGUGAUCCUCAUGUUCGGCGCGAUCCCGGCUGCCAUGACUUACUACUGGCGGCUGAAGAUGCCGGAAACCGCACGCUACACUGCGCUUGUCGCCAAGAAUCUGAAACAAGCCGAAUCUGACAUGUCGAAAGUUUUGGAAGUCGAGAUUAAGGAGGAGCGCGAAAAACAUGCGGAGGUGGCGGGGAGGAAUAACGAGUUCGGCCUUUUUUCGAAGGAAUUCGCGAGGCGCCACGGAUGGCACUUGCUCGGCACGACGACAACUUGGUUCCUCCUGGACAUCGCGUUCUACAGCCAGAACCUGUUUCAAAAGGACAUCUUCAGUGCGAUCGGAUGGAUCCCAGCGGCGCAGACGAUGAACGCCCUCGAGGAAGUUUUCCGCAUCGCCCGAGCGCAGACGCUGAUCGCCCUCUGCAGCACCGUCCCGGGAUACUGGUUCACCGUUUUGUUCAUCGACAGGAUCGGGAGGUUCGCGAUCCAGCUGAUGGGGUUCUUCUUCAUGACGGUGUUCAUGUUCGCGCUCGCCAUCCCGUACGACCACUGGACGCACCGCGAGAACCGGAUCGGGUUCGUCGUCAUGUACUCGCUCACCUUCUUCUUCUCCAACUUCGGCCCGAACGCGACGACCUUCGUCGUCCCGGCGGAGAUCUUCCCCGCGAGGUUCCGGUCGACGUGCCACGGGAUAUCGGCGGCCUGCGGGAAGGCCGGCGCGAUAAUCGGGGCGUUCGGGUUCCUCUAUGCAGCGCAGCCGAAGGACCCGAGAAAGACGGACGCGGGGUACCCGGCGGGGAUCGGCGUCCGGAACUCGCUCAUCGUGCUCGGGUGUAUUAACGUUCUCGGAUUGGUGUUUACGUUGCUCGUUCCCGAGUCAAAGGGGAAGUCGCUCGAGGAAAUGUCCAAGGAGAAUAGCGAGAGCGACGGCGACGGAGAAAGGAAUGGCGCAGGGCAAGUUCAAGUGCAGAAUAGAGGGAGUUCAGGUAACGUUGUUUGAUCGAAUUCGAAUUCGAAUGAAUGGUUAAUAUAGAGAGAGUUUUGGGAUGAGAUUUGGGACAUGUAUUUUUUUGGGGAAAAUAAGGUUGAGCUGAUUUGAGUUGGAUCAAGUGUUCCAAUCAAUGCUUCCUUUCUUUUGCUAAAAGAGUUGGUUUCAAAUGAGAAUGCAAACAUU